AUGUCGUAUCUUGAACGACUUGACUUAUAUAUUCAGUUCGGAAAUAAUACAACAAUUAUUGAUGGAAACUAUCUCAAGAGAAAAAUUAUCAAUGCUAAUACUCUGAGAAAUUUACAGGAAUUUCGUUUCUCUAUUACUUCGCGUAUAUCUAGUCCAGUACAAUUGAAUUUACCAUCAACAAAAGAUAUUGAACAAACAUUUACUCACUUCAAAUCUAAAAACAUCAUUUCUUGUGUUGAUUAUUUUCCAGAGCGAAAAGAAGGUCAAUAUCAUAUUUAUUCAUAUCCGUAUGAAACGAAAUAUUACAAUGAUAUCACAAAUAAAUUUCCAGGUGGAAUAUAUGAAUAUGUUCGUGAAGUGUCAUUAUUUGAUGAAAAACCAUUUGAACAUGAAUUUUUCCUUCAAAUUCAAAAAUCAUUUCCAUUCAUGGAGAUUUUAUCCGUGAAGAACAAAAAAGCACAAAAUCAUAAAGAGUCAAAUGAAAAUUUAUCUCUUAUUCAAUAUUCUUUUCUUCGAGAACUUCAUAUCUACAAUGUUCAUGAUGAUUAUAUAGAAGAAUUUCUUUCUGAUAAAAAGACAAGUUUAUCAAGAAAUGUCAAUCUUAAUAUCAAAUAUGAAUCUUUAGAACGAGUAACAAACAAUUUUACACGAGAGGAUACACGAAUUAAUUGUAGAAAAGUUGAUAAAUUAUAUGUAUGUAAGGGAUCAAAACGUUGUAAUUUUUUGGAAGAAUAUUUUCCAAGUGCAAAAAUAAUUGAGCGAUCGAGAUUUUGA